AUGCAGAUGGAGAGACAGCUAGGUGGUCGUCUGAUUGAUGAGCCCCACGUCCUGCUGUUUAAAGACAGCUACCACAACCUGCGCCUCUCCAUCCAUGACAUGCCCCAGGCACACUGGAGAAGCAAACUACUGGCUGGGUACCAGGAGAUCCCGUUCUACCACAUCUGGAACGGUUCCCAGCGGUUCCUCCACUGUACCUUCACCCUGGAGCGGCUCAACCUCAGUACCUGUGAGCUCACCUGUCAGCUGUGUGUCUGGCAGGUAGAGGGGGAGGGACAGAGCUUUAGCCUCGACUUCAACAUCGCCAAGGACAGUCGACCACUGGACCCGGAGUUCCUGCUGAUGGACAAUAACCCUAGCGGGUCAGCUCUAGCAGGACCCAGUGCUUUCCAGAUCCCCUAUCUCAUCAGGCAGAAGAUCUGCAGCAGCCUGGAUACACCUUGUCCCAAUGGGGCUGAUUGGAGACUGUUGGCCCAGAGACUCAAACUGGACAGGCACAUGAGUUUCUUUGCGUCCAAGGCGAGUCCCACCAGUGUGAUUCUGGAUCUGUGGGAGGCCCAACACUUCCACAGUGGAAACCUGAACCAGCUGGCCACCGUCAUGGCCGACAUCGGCAAACAGGAAGCUAUGAUUUUCCUGGUCUCAGACGGAGAGUGCUAGCCUUAGCUCUGUCCCACACUGUCCCAACACUGCACCCUAUUCCCUAGAUAGUGCACCAAUGUAGGGGACUACCUAGGUAAUAGAGUGCUAUUUGAGAUCGGCCCCCUAAAAAAGGAGAGGACUGGAACAGGGUAGAAUAUACAGACACAUGAGAGGAGAGGAGAACACUCCCCCUCUCUCGCCCCUCCUUUACAAGAGAGAAGAGAA